AUGCCGACCCCGAGCAGUAAUCCCCAGCAGCUAUCUACCGCAUACCCUGCCGACCCCGUAUCUGCUCCGCGGCCUACCUGCCCCCCAGAGCCCGACAGGAUCGCCACCUUCAGAGCAUCGUCGGAGGAACGCAUUGUCCCCAAUGCUGACGACGAUGCUUCCUCUAUAGCCUCUGCAUCAACUCCAUAUUCGCAGUCUCAAUUAAGCCAACCGCUCAAUGCACAUUCGCAGACAGCCCUUUCUCAGAACCUCGAAAUACCAUCCCAGGUCGCGUCCCAGAAAUCUACAAAGGCUGACGACGAUGUUGAGAUGGAAUCCCUAAAGCCUGCGGCGAGCGUGUCGGCAUGCGCACCUCCGCCAGCCAACGUCUACCCACCCGCGUACACAUCCAGCACAACAUCCACCAUGGAUUACGAGAUUUCCACUGUGAGACUCCUCCCCAAUCAUUGGUCAUCUUUCCUCAGAGCGGGCAGCAAAUUCGUUGGAACACAGCAAUCAGACCGUCAGAUAUACAAUGUCGACGUAGAAAUCAAACACGUUGAUAUGUCUGAAUGGUACCUAUGCGGCUACCUUAGAAUUCAAGGGCUCACCGAAGACCAUCCAACGCUUACGACUUUUUUCGAAGCGGAAAUAAUUGGCACAAAAUACUCGUUCCUAACCAAUCAUCCGUCGUGGGGUGCUACGGAUCAAACCGACUUGCAGCACUGGGGCAGGUUCCCGGCUUACAGGCCCAUAGCCAAAUUCGUCAGAAAGGACGAUUUCAAACUUGUAACUGCUGCGCAACACCCAGAUAUCUUCAUGAGGUGGAAAGAAUGUUUCCUGGUACCAGACCACCGCGUUAGAACUAUCUCCGGUGCGAGUUUUGAGGGAUUCUACUACAUUUGUUUUAAUCGAGUGAAGGGGACGGUCAGCGGUAUAUAUUUCCAUGCGAAGAGCGAGAAAUACCAGCAGCUUGAGCUUAAGCACAUGGAAAACAACGGGUGUUUUGGAGCCAUGGAAUUCCGCUAG